AUGAAAGGCGUGAAGGCCGACGCUGCAGGCGGCGCCGACCCCCGGAAGUGGGCGAGGGAAGGCGUCGAGCGCCACGGCCCCGUGACUUCGGAACCCCCCACCUACCCCAGCAACAGGGAAGUGCCGCGGGCCGCGGAACUGGACGAGGCGGGGGCGAGCGCUGUGCUGACUGCGCGGCUGCUGGCCAACCACUGGCGCACUGGGGAGUGCAGCAUAGGCGAGCGGCGCAGCAAGCUGGAGGGCCGGAACUACGGCACUGGGAGCUGCGCCUGCAGCUGCGACUACGAGGCCCAGAAGGAGGCCAUUGUCUCUUACUGCGGCGAGGCCUUUUUCCCCGCGGAGCUGCUGCACAGCAGGUUCGUGCGCGUCCCCAGGGGGGCCCCCCGGGGCCUCCCCGGCGACUCCAAGCGCCUGCGCCUCAAGGAAAUGGAGCAAAAGGAAAACGAAAACAAAGCUGCGGACGACAAGGCCAACGCAAACGCGAAGGCCGCCGCAGAGGAGGAACUGUUUGCUGCUGAAGAGGACGACUUCGGGGGCGAUGACUACGCGCACGACUACUACGCUGAUGAAGACCUCGACGAUCACUUAGAUGAUGGAGACGACGGCGGGAUCCUCUAG